AUGAUCAGAUCACGCACCCUCGCCGCAGCGAGGCCUAGGCGGCAACCCUUGGCUCCAACCUUGGCCCAACCCACUCACACUCGCGCCUUCUCUGUUCGCCUCUUCCCUCCCGGACCACCCGCCGACCCCCGUGGCGGCCGGCGUGCCUCCACUUCGGCAGCCAACACCGACUGGCUUACCUGGCUCAAGCCUAGCUCUACCGUCGCCACGCCUACCCGAAAAGCGCUCGUCUUUGCUGGCCUCGGCUCGUAUCCCCACACGCCUCAAGCUCCAACCACCUCGUCGCUCGACAUCUGGGAGAAAGCCAGCGAGGCCCUCCUCACUCCCGAUGCGACGAUGGGAUACUUUCCCGAUAACAUGGACGAGUUCGCGGGACUGCUCCAGGGCGGCGGCGGGCACGGUAUCCGCGGAUGGCUUCGCGGCUGGGUCGAGGGGCGUAAUCUCGACGAGCUCAUGGCACGCCCAGACGUGACCGCUAGCUUUAUCCUCACGUCGACUAUUGCCAUCCUCGCAUCUGAGCAGGAACGCUCGGGCUCAUCUUCCCUCCUUCCAGAGGGCACACAAUUCCUCGCUGGCCACGGGUUCGUCGGUACUCUGACCGCGCUGGUCGCGGCUGGGCGCCUUGACCUGCAAGAUGGCGUCCGCCUUGCUCGCAUCUACGCCUCGCUCCCCUGUUCCCCACCGGGCAGUGGCGGCUCAUCGAGCCGCUUCGUCACGACCGCCUUAUCUGCACGCAGCUACCACUCGCUCUCGUCGCCGUCGAUGUUUGUCCCCUUUGACGACCCGCUCGCCGAGACUCCCGACGAGCCCGAGCGACGCCGUCGCGCUAUGCAGCUUAUCCUGGACGAGGUGCACGGUCUGCAGCAUGAGUGGGAAUUCGAGGGCAACCGCGACUGGGCCGAGGCGAGCAUUAUCAACUCGUCCAAGGUUCUAAUGGUGACGGGGACGUACAUGGCUGUCGAGCAACUCAUCGACCGCCUACAGGCCAUGACGAUCGCCAACCCAGUCAUGGACGUCACGCUCCCCUGCCCCUUCCACACAAAGCUCAUGGCGCAUGCCGUCCCCAAAUUUGCAGAGGUGCUCAACCGCGCCUACUUUGGCCCUGCAAAGGAGGGCGGCCCGAUAAUCCUCGACCCGAUCACGACGCGCCCACUCUGCGGACCGCCGGGCAACGCCCUCCUCGCCCAGCUGACCCAGCAGCUGCGGUGGCACAAGACGCUGACGCGCCUGCAUGCCCAGCCUUCGCCGCCGAUCGACCAGUUCCUCACCGUUGGACGCGGCGCCAAGGGCCUCGGCAUCAUGCUCCGCGGCGAGAUCAACAAGCGCCCGGACGGGGCGCCACCGGUUACCGUCGACCCGUUCGGGUACAAGGACGAGCCGCUUGACCCGCUUUACUAUCGUUCGCGGCCUACGCGCCCGAUCAUCCACGCCCAUUUGUAA